AUGAGCGAUACAGGUGCACUUUCGUUGUCGCCCGGCCGAAGUUUCAUUCGCGAUUUCUUCAACCAAAGGAGCACGGAGGCCCGCCACGUCGAACGAGAGGUGGAAGACGUAGUCGAGGAUGACGAGACGGAGGUGGAUGGGUACAUCCACCUACAAUUCCUUUCAACUUUGCGAGUCACCAGGAACGACGGAAUUGUCGUCAAAAUUCGAGCGUUGAUCCUGAUGAAGGUCAACCCAAACAGAAAUGUUUUCGGCCGACUAUCUCUUGAGGAAAUGCAUACAACAACCCUCCUAGUGGAGACAUAUCCCGAAGGUGACGAGAUCGGGGAGCCUAUGGAGGAAGAUGAUAUGUAG